UAAAGUGAGAACGGGAUUAUAUCAGGAUAUCACUAGGAAACAUAAGAAAAAUUAUUUAAAGAAAAAAAGUUUGAUAUGAAAUGGGGAAAUGAAAGAAAAGAAGGGCCACAGCUCAUAGGAGCAUAUAUUCCCUUACAACAUAUGUUUCCAGAUAUGGAGUGAGAAACAAACAUGGGACACCCUUAACAAACUUCCCAAUUAUAUAUAGCUGCCACAUUUUUUAGCCACAAAGCAACCUCUUUUCUAUAUGUUUCAAUUCAAAAAUACACACAUAUUGUACCUUGUCAUCCUAGUAACUUGUCCAAAAAAAAUAAAACAUGGCUCUUCAAAAUACACAACAAAGUAAAGAUAUGAACUUAGUUUUGUCAAGUGAUGCCAAGCCUAGACUAAAAUGGACUCCUGAUCUUCAUCAACGAUUCGUCGAUGCAGUCUCUCAACUAGGAGGUCCAGACAAGGCUACACCAAAAUCAUUGAUGAGAGUGAUGAACAUUCAUGGGCUAACUCUGUAUCACCUCAAGAGCCAUUUACAGAAAUAUCGUCUAGGAAAAAGUCAGGUGACUGAUCAAUCUUUUGAUGAAAAGAAACAAGAAGGUAAGUUGGAAUUGUGUACAAUAGCACAUGAUGAUGAUACAAAGGAAAAUGAAAUAUCCAAAAGCUUAAAUCAGAGGACUUAUUUUGAUGCAGAGAGUGAUCAGUUGUCACUUGGAGUUUCAUGUGAUGGAUCUCAGAAUCAAAUGAAUGA